CGAUUUUACUAAUAGCAUGAGAGAUUCCGAAAAGAAGUUGCAGCCGAUUGAAAAAUGACACGAAGGCGUUCAUCGCACUCCUUUUUGAAUCUGAUUUCGCUUGCGAUCUGUCUCUUAAUUCUAUGUCCAAAUGGUUUGGUAAAAUCAGAGGAGGAAGAAGACAAUGAAUUGACUGCUGAUCAGAUAAUCUUUGUGGUAGUGACACAACCAAAUAAAUAUCAUGUCAGCAGAGCUGAAGAAUUCAAAAGCCAUUUCAAAGCACAACUUACUGGUAUUGACAAGAAUGAUCAUCCAAAACUAUAUUUCACACAUAAAGAAUGGGAUAAUAUGAAUGGAGCUUGGACAUUCUUUCCAAUAUUUAAACUUUUAGAAGAGGAGUUGGAUGACAAAGCUUGGGUGUUCAUAUGUGAAGAAGACACAAGAUUAAAUAUACAAAAACUUACUAAAGUUCUUAGUAAAUUUGACCAUGAAGAUGACUACUUUCUAGGCCACGCUUUACAAGACCAACAAGCCACUAUUAUACAUCACUAUGCAUUCCAUGACAAUCCAAAAUCUUUCUCUUAUCCAGAUAUUGGUGCUGGUGUUGCACUUAGUAAUUCACUGUUUACAAGAAUUGGUGAGAAUUGGCCAGAUGAAGAGUAUAGACUUGAUUUUUCCAUCGAUCCUAAAUAUGAGUUAGCCAGGUAUAUUGAUAACGAUGGUAAAGGUGUGAAGAUGACGGACAUUAAACAGCUGUGUACCACCAGGUCAUCAAAAGGCUGUGCAACUUGGUAUCCAACUCCAUUCCCUGAUUGUGGAAAAGAAAUUCAUGAAGACAAGCUUUUUGUUGCAGUGAAGACAUGUGAAAAAUUUCACAAAGACAGAAUACCUGUAGUUAAGGCAACAUGGGGUAAUACAACAACACAUAUAGAAUACUACAGUGAGACAGAAGAUACAGAUAUACCUACAGUGGAUUUGGGUAUACCCAACACAGAAAGAGGGCACUGUGGGAAAACAAUGUCUAUAAUAAACAGAUUUGAUAGUCGUCCUGACUUCCAAGGUUAUACUUGGUUACUCAUUGCUGAUGAUGAUACUAUUAUCAAUUUAAAAAGGCUAAGAAAGUUAUUAGCAUGUUAUGACUCAAAGGAACCUAUUCAUCUUGGGGAAAGAUAUGGCUAUAAUGUUGCCAAGUAUAGAUGGGGAUAUGAUUACAUCACAGGAGGGGGAGGGAUGCUGUUGAGCAGAACAGCAGUAAACAUAAUGAAAAAGAACAACCUGAUCAACUGUAAUACUAAUGAAUCUCCUGAUGAUAUGACCUUGGGAAUGAAGCUCAAGGGCAUUGGUAUACCAUUAACUCAUACUAUAUAUCUACAUCAGGCCAGAUUAGAAGAUUACAGUCCAGAAUUCCUCCGACCCAGGACACAUGUCUCAUUCCAUAAACACUGGAUGAACGACCCUUAUAAAGUGUAUGAUUAUUUAAUGAAAGAACCAGUAGAAGAACCAGUCACAGAAGAAGGACAUGAUGAGUUGUGAUGAAAGCCAUGUUAGGAUUUAAAAUCUGAUUAUUAUUUAAUACUGUAAAUUCAAAAAUUUUUUUGAUGUUAUUAUUAUUGUUGAAAAAUUUAUGUCGCUAAAGUGAGACAUAGUGAUCCUAGAUGUCGGCAUCAAUGGCGUCAACAUGUAGGUUCAGUCUGUGGUUAAAGUUUUUUAGACAUCAAUAACUUUGUCAAACCAUCAGGGUAAUUUAGGAAAUUUAGACAGAAGCUUGUUUAUGACCAAAAGACAGUAUCCAGAGUAAAAUUUUUAAAUAUUUAUUUUCACUUUUCCGUAUUUUACUGAUAAAUGGACUUAGUUUUUUUACAGUUAGCAUUUCCUGAAAUCACAAUAAUAAUUUUUGAAUUUUCAGUUUUACAAGAAAGAAAUGAUAAUAUAAAACUUGUUAUAAACAGAAUUAUGUUUCGUACUGACAAAGGUGAAAUUUAGCUUUGAGGCCUGUUCUUACCUUAGUAAAUGGUAAACCUAAAUAUUUUAUUAUUCAGUUGUCUGGUUUUAAUAAAAUUCUGAUCCAACUUGACAUAUUAAUUCAUAUAUAUUUAGAUAUACCAAGCAUGAUGUUGAGAAUUGGUUUUUCAAUGAGAUACUUUCUCAGUAUCAAACAAAAGAGUUGAAAUAAUAUUUUAUUUCCAUAUGUCAUAUAUUUAAUCUUACAUGUGCGAUGUAUCAGGAUACACACACACACUUUCUUUUCAUUUUUUACAAAGAGAAAAUAAAAUCUGUUUGAAAUGAAAUUUAUAAAUAUUGUUGAUCACUGAACAAUAUCAUGAUUGUAUAAUUCCCAUUUACAUUCCUAUAGACAUGUAUUCAGCAUAAGAAGGUUGUUUGUUAUAUUAGUCCAAGUCUGAUAUUGAGAAUUAUAUCUAGAAGAAAAUGUGUAUGUACCAAUACACAUGUAUUAACAAGUGCCUAAUUUAAUUUGAAUCUCAUAUUUACCUGUUUUACAAAGUUAUUCAGGGCAAUAUAAAUGUAUAUAGAUUAUUAGCAUGUAAGAGAGAGAUCUUUUCUGUUUAUGAAAGAGGAAAUGCUGAAUGAAUGUACAAGACACAAAGUAUUAUACUAGAUAAAGCCAGAAGUAGCAUUUAUUUUUGCUUAUUGCAUCUUCUGUUUUACCAUUCUGUUAUGAAGGGAUUACUAUUUUUGAGAAAAUUAAUAUGAUUCUGAGAUUUUUUUGUGAUUUUACUUCUUUUUUUUUAAGGAAAGGGGGGGGGCACUUAUAAUUACAUGUACUUAAUUAGAUUUGAUAUAUUUUCUUCUGAAGUUUAUAAAAAAAAAGAUACCAAUAAGGCAAUCAAAGAUCAUAAGUCAAAUAAGGUCAACCAACACUAUGACCAAAAGCUAAAAGAUGAGAGAUAGUAUGCAAAACAAAAACAUAGAAAAGUAAUGACUGAGCAACACAAACCCAAUCAAAAUUGUUGUUUAAACUCGUGUGCACCAGUUGAGUAGACAGUUCUAACUCAAUUGAUGGCACCCUUUAUUAUUGUUAUUUUUAAUGUAUAAUUCUAAUUAAUAGUGCAGUGAUGAUUUUGUCAGUUAUUUUUUUCAUCUGAAAUUGACACUUUUGAAAAGGGUGGAGGAUAGCUUUAUUUCUACAAACGAUAUUCUUUAAAGUCAAAAUCAUCCAUGUAAUAGAAAAGGUAAUCAUAAUAUUCAGAUUUAAAGUAGAUUAAGUUUAUAAAUAGAAAGUAGAUUUUAGUUUUAUUUUUUCUUCAAAUCAUUAAAACUCUUAUAUAAGUUUUCAUUUUGCUUUAAUUCAUGAAAACAAAUCUGUUACUACUGUUCUCAUUUAUCCAAUCGUGUAUUAAAACCAAAUUAGAACUAAUGUACCAUUGGGUUUUAUUAUAAAAAGUUAAACAAUUUGUUUAAACAUUUUUAGUCAAAUAACAGUUAUAUUUUCCUUGCCGAACUAUCAUGGUCUGAAGCUUUAAAAGUAGUUUAGCAUACAUGUACACUUUAUUUGAUAGAAUUGUAGUUGGACCAUAUUCGUGUCCAUUUUUUAUAAAUUUUCCUUCAGAACUUUUUUUUAAUUGAUAUUUCAAUAAAUAUUGCAAAAUAAUUCGUUUUUAACAUAGUCAACAGUUGUUGCACCUGCCUAAUUUUUUUUUAUUUAGUUCUUCAUCUCACACUUUGCAAGUGUUUAAAGGUAAAAAUAAGGAGAUGUGGUAUGAUUGCUAAUGUCAGACAACUAUCACCAGAGUUCAAAUGACAUAGAUUAAGACAGUUGCAGCUUUGGGUUUCUGAGUCAUUAGCAUAUUUACAACUGGGUAAUUAAUGGAAGAGAUUUAUCAUUGUUUUAUAGCUUCCACAUAUACAUGUAAUGUGAGAUACCCGAAUUGCACUUAUUUUGACAGUUUUUUCCAUUCAGUGUUUAUUUUGUCGAUGUAUCCUUAUUUACUAUAUAGUUCCACCAAUUUAAUUUUGAAUCCAUAUUGAAUCAAAGAAAAAAUGGUUUGAACCAACCUCCAAACAACCAAUGAUUCUGUAAUGAGGAGUACCCAAAUUGCACCCAUGCUUUAAUUUACAUCCGUAAAAAUCAAAUAACUGAUGUUUUGUUUUAUUUCUUCAAAUAUUUAGAACAAUUUGACAAUAGUCCAUGCUUACUAUUCAUUUUUAGCUCACCAUUCCGAAGGAACUGUGAGCUUUUGCCAUCACUUAACGUCUGUCGUCGUCCGUCUGGUGUAAACUAUUUCAAACAUCUUCUCCUCUGAAACUACUGAACUAAUUCCAACCAAACUUAAGCUGAAUGAUUCUUAGGGUAUCUAGAAUAAAGUUUGUGUUUUAUUUAGUGUUUGGUCAAACAACAUGGCCGCCAUGGCUAAAAAUAGAACAUAGGGGUAAAAUGCAGUUUUUGGCUUAUAUCUCAAAAACCAAAGCAUUUAGAGAAAAUCUGACAUGGGGUUAAAGUGUUCAUUAGGUGAAGUUCUAACAGCCCUGAAAUCUGAUAACCCAUUGUGGGGUUGCUGCCACUAAAUUGGUAAUUCUGAGGAAAUUUUGCAGUUUUUGGUUAUUAUCUUGAAUAUUAUUAAUGAUAAAGAUAAACUGUGAACAGCAAAAAUGUUCAGCAAAGUAAGAUCUACAAAUAAGUUCUAUGACAAAAAUUGUCAAUUGUCCCCUUAAGGAGUUAUUGCCCUUUAAGGACAAUUUUACACAAUUUGUUUAUCAUGUUUUCUAACUUUAAAAAAUCUUCUUCUCUGAAACUACUGAACCAAUUCCAACGAAACUUAAGCUGAAUGAUUCUAAGGGUAUCUAGAAUAAAGUUUGUGUUUUAUUUUCUGUUUGGUAAAAAAACAUGGCCGCCAUGGCUAAAAUUGAACGUAGGGAUAAAAUGCAAUUUUUGGCUUACAUCUCAAAAACCAAAGCAUUUAGAGCUGAUCUGACAUGGGGUAAAAAUGUUAAUUAGGCCAAGCUCUGUCAGCCCAGAAAUUUUCAGAUGAAUCUAACAACCCAUUGUUGGAUUGCUGCCACUUAAUUGGUACUUUUAAGGAAAUUUUGCAGAUUUUGGUUAUUAUCUUGAAUAUUAUUAAUUAUAAAGAUAAACUGUAAACAGCAAAAAUGUUCAGCAAAGUAAGAUCUACAAAUAAGUUCUAUGACCAAAAUUGUCAAUUGUCCCCUUAAGGAGUUAUUGCACUUUAAAAUCAAUUUUUCACAAUUUGUUCAUUUAGUUUGCUUACUUUAAAAAAUCUUCUCCUUUGAAACUGCUGAAUCAAUUUCAGCCAAACGUGGGCUGAAUGAGUUUCAGAGUAUCUAGUAUAAAUUUUGUAUUUUAUUUUCUUGUACGUCAAGAAACAUAGCCACUAUGGCUAAAAUGAAACAUAGGGGUAAAAUGUAUUUCUUUGAUUUUGAAGAAAAUAUGACAGAUACAAAGAACAUUUCAAUGGAAGUUUUAAGCCAUUCAUUAAUAUAUAUUGAAAUGCAAAAAUAAUCAUUGAUGAAAGAUUUAAGCAAAAAAUUACAGGUGAGCAAUUCAGGCUCUUGAGAGCCUCUUGUUUAAGAAAUGGAUGCCUGUAACAUAUUUAAUUGCUCAUUUUUAAAAGUUGACUUUUUGUGGACAUUGCAUGGCGACGUUUCCGUAGAUUUAUUUUUUGGGGUGAAUUCUUCAUCUGUUGAUAUAUACUGUGAACAUUUUAUGUAUAUCUAAAUAUAUCUAGCUAUGUUGAAAAACGUGCAUAAUGUCAAAUCAUAACAAUACAAAUGGUUUAGUCUUAAAGAAAACUUGUAAGAUUUCUGUUUCCAUUUUUUCUAAAUGGAUGCAAUUUGGGUACUCAGUGCAAUUUGGGUACUGAAAUUAUACUUUUUGUACCAGGAAAAUCUUGUGUUUUGCUUACUCAGGGUUAGGUGAUUUCCUGUUUUCAUAAUAAAAGUAUCAUGCUGUGAUGUGCUAUGAUUCUUAUGAUGUCUAAAAAAGACUGUUGAUGUUAAAGGAAUAUAAGACUUUGGUGAAAGAGUAUUGUAGCUUUUAUUUCAAACUCAACAUUUUUUUUUCUCUAACCUUUAAACUAAACAUUUAAAUUAGGAGUUGUUUAUUGUAAUUUUACAGCUACCAUAUAUGAUACCAAAAAUGAAGUCUCAAAGUGCUUUUAAUGAUGUUUAUGUUUUUGAAUGAGAGUUUCCCCCCCCCCCCCCCCCCCUAUAUAUCACUUUUGAUGAUGUUAUACCCCAACUCUAGGAGAGGGGAUUGUAUUCCAAUCAACUGUCCAUUCGUCCAUUGUUUAAACAAAUAUUUUUGUCAUAGUCUUUUCUCAUGAAUUACUGAACAGAUUGACUUCAGAUUUGGUCAGCAGCUUGACUGAGUUUUAUAUUCUUCCUGUUUGCCAAUACUUUGAUUUUUUCAAUAAGUUGAUUGAAAACAGAUAUUUUGGGCAAAAAAAAUUUAACAAAAUGACUUCAUAUUUGGUCAGCAGCUUGACAGUGAUGAGGUGUAAUAUUUCAGUCUUUUUCAGAUCUGUCUGACACUUCUUCCUGUUUUCAGAUAUUUGAAUUACGAGCUGGCGUAUGCAACAUGUACAACUUUGUUAUUUUGUGUUUUUUCUACACUGUUUUCUUUAUGGAUAAUGCAAUUCUGUUUUACACAUUUUUUAUACAAUAUUUAUUAAUAUUUUACUAUUGCCAAAUAAAUAUAUCAAACAGUA